AUGCCACCCCCAUCGAGGCGCCUUCUGAUCUUCCAGGAGGCGCGUAAUCCGCAAAGUCCCUCCGAGAUUGUGUAUCUUCCCGUCAAUAAACUGGGGCUACCGAUUUGCGGUGAUGGUCCGGAAAUGCCUUCCAUGUUGGAGCUGCCGUUACGGAUCCUGAAAGCGUUUACGGAUAUUUUCAAUCAGCCGAAGUAUAAGGGGUGGGCGCUGGUAGGUGCUGGGCCGUACCACGAUACUUCUGUAGAAGGGAAGUAUUAUGCUGUGGUGCUAGAGCAGGUUCAGGAGGUUACGGCUGCCUAA